AUGUACAUAGAACAAACACCAGAAGCACUGGAGAAUGGCCCUAACAAAAAUUUUGACGACGAUGGCCGUGUCAAACGGACUGGUACUUUGGUGACUGCAAGUGCUCAUAUCAUAACUGCGGUUAUUGGGUCGGGCGUGCUCUCACUAGCUUGGGCCAUAGCUCAGCUGGGAUGGGUGGCUGGACCCGUCAAUGGCACCAGAAAUUACACUUACAUGGACGUCGUUAGGUCUCAUUUAGGAGGUGUGAAAGUUCAGCUUUGUGGGUUAGCCCAGUAUGGGAAUCUCAUUGGGGUUACAAUUGGAUACACAAUAACUGCGUCCAGUAGUAUGGUGGCGGUUGAGAGGUCAAAUUCAGCAGUUAUGUCUUUCGCUUACUCUUCUAUCGGCCUCGGUCUCUCCAUAGCUAAGGUUGCAGGUGGUGGGCAUGUUCGGACAAGCCUAACGGGUGUAACAGUCGGGGUGGACGUGUCCGGUGAGGAGAAGGUCUGGAGAAGCUUCCAAGCCAUUGGAGAUAUAGCCUUUGCAUAUGCCUAUUCUACAGUACUUAUUGAGAUCCAGGACACGUUGAAGUCCCCGCCCCCCGAGAACAAGGUAAUGAAAAAGGCUUCUUUGAUAGGAGUGUCGACCACAACCAUGUUCUACGUCCUUUGUGGUUGCAUAGGUUAUGCUGCAUUUGGAAAUAAAGCUCCAGGAAAUUUCCUCACUGGAUUCGGAUUUUACGAACCCUUCUGGUUGAUUGACUUUGCCAAUGUCUGCAUUGCUAUCCACUUAAUUGGUGCUUACCAGGUCUUUGCCCAGCCAAUAUUUAGUUACGUAGAGAAACGUUGCAAAAAAUGGCCGGAAAACAAAUUCAUCACGACCGAGCAUGCCAUCAAUAUUCCAGUAUGCGGCACUUGGUACAUUAACUUGUUCAGACUGCUGGAUCCAUACAAGGGCUUGCCAGGGAUGUCAAGACGUAUAAGCCCUUCAAAACUCAAUAACUUUUAG